AUGAGUCCUGUGAAUCCUUCCCUCCAGACCAGUGGAGCAGUGGUUGACCAGUACGCUCUGGAGCAGGACCGUUGGCUACUCAGGAAGCAUGAGGGCCGUCUGGGGGACCGCUGGGCCCCUCGCCAGGACCGGAGACACCAGGAAGCGACCCGCCACCCUGGGGGCGUGGAUGGUCCAGUGACAGAUAACAGCCAGUGCAGAGUCCUUACUAUGUUCCAGACACGGGGUGACACCCUGAGGUCCUACUUCCAUGGCACCAUUUUACCGAAGUGGAGGCUCUGGGGCUUGGGGCUCCGCAAGGCCCUUGCCCCUCUGCAGGCCGCCUGGGUCGCCUUCUCUCAGCCUGUCCCGACCGGCUGCGGCCAGCUGCUGACCCAAGUCCUCCUGUGUGGCUGCCUGGCUGCCGCCGCCGCGUGUCUGACGCACCGCUGGCUGGUGUCCUCGCUGCACUGCAACCUGGGACCCUCGGCCACGGCGGCCACUGUCUGCGGCCUCCUCGUCUUCCUGGUCCUGGGCUUGGUGGCCCCCGCGCGCUGCCUGUUCGCACUCAGCAUCCCCACCCUGAGCACGGAGCAGGGCCGCCGCCUGCUCCUGUCCUGGAGCACGGCCACCCUAGCCGUCGCCGUGGUCCCCAACGUCCUGGCCAACGUGGGCGCAGCCGGGCAGGUGCUGAGAUGCGUCACGGAGGGCUCCCUGGAGGGUCUGCUCAACACCACUCACCAGCUGCACGUGGCGUCCAGGGCCCUGCGCCGAGCAGGCAGCCAGGCCUUGACCCUGCAGGCCCAGGGCAACGGCUCUGUGCUCCUGCUUCACACGCUCAGGGCCACUCGGCAGGUGCUGGAGGACUUCUCUGGCCUGGAGGCGCUGGCCCGGGCGGCCGUGCUAGGGACCCAGCAGGUGGUGGCGGGGCUCUUCGCGCUGGGGCUGCUCGUGGACUCGGGCCGGUACCUCCACCGCUACCUGACUGACCCGCAGUUUGACAACGUCUAUGCCACACGACAGCUGGCGUGGCAGCUGGCGGAGGCCCAGGCCACACAUCUGGUGGCCUCCCCGCCAGCCUGGCUGCUCUGGGCCGCCCGGCCGAGGCUGUCCCAGGGCGAGCUGCUGCGCUGUCUCCCGAGGCUGGGGCUGCUCACCCUGAUCUUGGUGGCCACAGCUGUGACGGUGGCUACUGACCACGUGGUCUUUCUCCUGGCCCAAGCAGCCGUGGACUGGGCUCAGAAACUGCCUGCUGUGCCCAUCACGCUCACGGUCAAGUACGAUGCCUCGUACACGGUCCUGGGCUUCGUCCCCUUUCUCUUCAACCAGCCGCCUCCGGAGAGCCCCUUCCUCUCCGCUCACAACUCGUUCCAGUGGGAGCUCCGCCUCACCUCCGCGGGCUGCCGGCUGCUGCCGGCACAGCGCCCCCAGGCGGCCGCCCCGCUGGUUGCCGGCGCCUUGCAGUUGGCAGCCUGCGCAACCGUCCUGCUGGAGACCUACGCCCGGCGCCUGCGGCACACCAUCGCUGCUGCCUUCUUCUCGGCCCAGGAGGCCAGGAGGGUCCGCCACCUUCACGCCCGGCUGCAGCGCAGGUACGACAGGCACCGAGGCCAGUCGCUGCCCCUGGAGACUCCCUCCUGCUCCCCACCCCCGGGCCGGCCAGCGCCGCCGCUCAUGGAUAGACAGGCCUGCACACAUUGGACGCUGGAAAGGACAGAGAGCAGGAAGGCAGAGGGGGAAGAGCUUGGGAGCCUCACAGACCGUGGUCCUUGCUGUGUGACCUUCGGUAGAUUGCUUCACCUCUCUGAGCCUCAGUUUCUAUACCGGCAUAAUGACUGCAUAAUAACAACCCAGUGACCUACUUUUCACAUGGGCAUGUGGGAAGGAAGUCGAUAUUGAACAUAAAAGUCCUCAAGAAGCAGUAAAGGACUCUGUACGGUGAAGACAGGAAGUGCAGAGACAGCUCCAGUUUCCUCCGGACCGGCUGGGGGUCAGUCCAGGCUCUCAUCGGCAUCAACCGCCUCCAACUGGUAGGUGGAAGCCUCGCCUAGUGAAAUGUGCCUGAAUGCUCCCAGAACCUAUUUCUCUGAAUCCCCUGAAUCUUCUGAG